CUUGACUUCAUUUCUUUUUUAUCUGAGAAUGGCAAGGGUGUUUAUCUUGCAGCUCACAAUUGUCGAAAUUUUGAUGCAGUCAUACUUUUUAAUCAGCUACAUUUGUACAAUUUAUGGGGGGAAUUUUGUAAAACAGUCAUUGGGUUUUCUGAUACUCUUCCUAUGUUCAAAAUCAUGUAUCCAAAUUUUUUGAAAAACUACAAGCAAGAAACAUUAGUGGAGUCCUUACUAAAUGUCACAUAUGAUGCACAUAAUGCAGAAAAAGACGUAGAAGUUCUUCAAAGACUUGUUUUUGAGAAGGGAAAUGUUGAAAUUUUGAUAUCAGAGCAGUGCUUUUUUUAUUCAUCACAGUUGUCUCCCAAGGGUGUUGUACCCACCAAACAUUCUUUGUCAUCUUUAGUAUCUAAAACAGUAAUUUCCAAACACAUUUGUGGCAAAAUACAAAAAGCUGGUUUAGGAUAUAUGCACCUUCUCCUGGCAUUCAAAAGAGGCGGAUUUGAUGGACUGCAGUUACUACUUGGGGAGAAAAAUGAAGAUGCUAAAGUUAGGGUCACCAGAUGUAUGAAAGUAAUUGAAAACAUUGCAGCUCAUUUCAGAGCUGAAUUCCAAGAAGAGUGAUGCAAAUGUAAAUACAUGUGUUUUGAUAUAGAAAGGCAAAUUAUGCUGCAUAGGUUUUGUACAUGUAUAUAUCUUAUAUUUCGCAAAAUUCAGAGAUACAUAAUAUGUGAUUAUAUAGCCACUGGAAUAAUUUAGGGUUUUCUAUUAUUCAUCUUAUAAUGUAUUAUAAUAACAUUAUAUUCAACAUGAAUGUACUAUUGAUGAACAAAUAUGAAAAUGUACGUAGCAACAUAUACAUGUCAUUAAAUUUUAGUUCAUAUGAAAGCGUACUGCAUAUAUAGUACAUAUACAUUUAUCUAUGGAGGAUUAUAGCUAGACUAUUCAAAGCUACAUGUAACCAUAUGUGUAAAGCUAUUUUGACUAAGAUAUGCAGAUCGAUAAAGAAAAUAGUGCCAUGUAUUAUAUCAAAAACAAAAACCUAUCAUAUUUGUGCAGUUAAAUUCAACAUAUGAAUAUUUUAAAACUUACAUGUACAUGUACCUUGUAGUUUUUCUGAUGAAUUACAACAAUUAAUAGUUGUUACAGGGGACAUUUUGAUUUGAAUGUGUUUUUUGUAUAUUUAUGUAUGUACGUAGAUAAGUACGUAGAUACUUGAUGUGUGCUCUAAUCUAUUGUCAGCUUGGAAUAUGGUAGAUGACAAACUUGUGAAAGAAAAUAUGAGGAGAAUUUGUAGUUUUUUAAGAUUCACCUAUAUUUUUUUCAAUUAUUUUGACUGCAGAAUUUAUAGGUGCUAUAGAUGAUAAUAUGAUUUUACAAGAUACAGGGUACUAUAUCAGAAAUAUAUAUGUAUUUGAUUCAGUUUUAUUGAUUAUCAGAACACUAAUUAUCUGCAGUGUUGAUUAUAAAAUCGUAUGAUUAGUAUAUAAAGAGAAUGGCAUUAAUGAAA